AUGCUCUCACGUGUUGCUGCAGUGAAGGCACCCAACAAACACAACCGUCGCCGCGUGAUCGGAUCCAGCGGAAGGAGGAGGGAAGGAGGAGAGAGUGAGCCGCAGAGGCCCAACAUGUCCCGGCGUGUGUUUACUUCCGCGGUGCUGCUCCUAUUUGUCGUGUUGAUGUGUUGUGGUGGAGCUGCGACCGCUGAGGUGGGAAGUAAUGCUGAUGCUUCAAUUCCUUCUGGGUCGACAUUGACGGGUGUCAUUGCUGGAGAGGGGAGCACUUCAGGGGGUGUUGAGGGGCUGCAACGGGUCGAUCUAUUUGUGCCGCAGACGACGCAGGUGCUGCCGAAGAAGGGGACUCCUGACUCAAGUGGGAGGGAUUCAUUUGUUUCACCCUCUCUCGUCAGUGCUGGUGGAGUAAUUGCUGCUUUUGCCGAAGGUCACAUAAAUGCCAAACCUCCCCAUAACGAAUCAACUAAGCCGUCUUCUGAUGUUGUUGCGGAGUACAUCGACUCUGCGUGGGAAUGGCCCACUCUUGUUGAAAAGGUCGGUAAAGGAACAUGGAGUGCACACACUGUGCUUGGCAAAGCGGAGGGAGAGGGGAGUUUGGGUGUUGUGCGCCACCCCACAACAACGAUGAAGGACAAUAAGGUGUUUCUUCUUGUGGGAAGCACUGCCUUGUCCGAUGUAAAUGGGGGUUGGAAAGAGGGCAGCCUGGAGCUGAAACUGGUUGUUGGUGAGGUCACGAAGACUUCUGCGGGCGGCGAGCCGAGUGAGUGGAUCAAAUGGGGCGAAGUUCAAUCGCCGGUGCAGCAGACUACUUUAGCUGCUCACAAAGGUAACUUGACGGAGUGUAUUGCUUCUGGUGGCUCGUGUGUUCUGAUGGAGGAUGGCACCAUUGUGUUUUCUCUGAUGGCGAAGAGCGGAAAUGAUGUCGUUUACUCCAUGAUCAUUUACUCGACGGACAGCGGCAGUACCUGGGCGCUUCCAGAGGGCGCUUCCCCUGCGGAAUGCUCUAACCCCCGCAUCACCGAAUGGGAGGGAUCACUUCUCAUGAUUGUUGAUUGCGAGGAUGCCCAGAGGGUGUACGAGUCGCGGGACAUGGGGACAACGUGGACGGGGGCAGCCGGGACGCUUCCAGGCGUGUGGGUCAACUCACAAUCGGAAGACUAUCCGGACGGAGACUUGCACGUGGAUGCCCUCAUCACCGCGACCAUUGGGAAAAGGAAGGUCAUGCUGUACACACAGAGAGGGAACUUCUCGGGGAAGCAAAGGGAAAACGCCAAUCCGCUCUACCUUUGGGUGACGGACAACAACCGCUCGUUUUCUGUUGGACCGUUUGGCAUGGACAAUGCUGAAAAGGAGAAGCUUGAGAGCGCACUACUGUACUCGGAUGGGAGUUUGCAUCUUUUACAACGGAGGGGCAAUGGUGAAGGCAGUGUCAUGUCGCUUUCUCGCCUGACGGAGGAGCUGAGCACAAUCAAUUCCGUCCUCAGUACUUGGUCGCAAAAGGACAUUUUCUUCUCCAGGUUGUCUAUACCCACGGCGGGUCUUGUGGCGGUAUUGUCCGAUGCGGCCAGUGAUGGCACGUGGAACGACGAGUACCUUCGCCUGAAUGCAACGGUGACGCCUAAUGCAAAGAAGGUCGAAGAUGGAUUACAAGUGACGGAGCCUGACUCCAGGGUAAUGUGGUCGGUGAACAGUCGGGAGAAAAAUGGGCCAUACACUUUUGAGAAUCGCCAAUUCGUUCUUGUGGCGACGGUGGCCAUACACCAGGUUCCGAGUGAGGACGCUCCUCUACUGGGUGCGACGUUGGGUGACACUAAUUUCAAUCACACCAUGGGAAUCUUGUAUACCGCGGAUAACAAGUGGGUGACGAUGUUCGACGGCAAAAACACGACGACAGAGGGCAGCACUUGGGAGCCGAAGAAAGAAUACAAGGUGGCACUCAUGCUGCAAGGCAACAAGGGCUUCGUGUACAUUGAUGGUGAGUCGCUGGGGGAGGAAGAAACGCCGUUAACAGGUGAGAGGCAACUUGAACUCGCAUACUUUUGCUUUGGCGCGUGCGGUAUGCAAAACUCACCUGUGACGGUGAAGAACGUCUUUCUGUACGACCGCCCACUGAGUGUCGGUGAACUAAAACUGGUCAGGAAAAGCGACGCCAAAAAAGGUAAAGGUGACGGCUCCAUGCGUGGGGCCGUGUCUCGGGUGCUUCUUCUUCUUCUGCUGCUGCUGCUGGGGCUGUGCGGCUUUUCGGCCCUUUACGGGGCGUAA